CCGCUAUCCCCUCGAACAAGGGUUCCCCCGCUGGGGGUCGCGACCCCCGGGGAGGCCGCGGCGGGGCGGCGGCGGGGUCAUGGGUCCGACAGAAACCUCCUUGUGUCUCAUGGCGCUUGGGGUCGGGAGCCUGGCAGAAGCGGGGGACUGCAACCAGAAGCGGUUUGGGAAUUCCUGCCUGCAGAGACAGAUAAAGAGGCCGCUGAUGAGUUAACGCAGAAGUAUGCAGUGGUGCUGCCUUUACAUCAUGUGUUUGGUGGGCUGUCAAACUCUGUUAAUGAAACAAUGUUCUUAGAGCUGUAAAUGCACUGAAUUGUAAUUGCUUAUUUUUUCAGGCCUUUCUAGCUUACUAAAAGCCGGACAUGCUGUAUCUGCACGAUACUUUUGGAAAAACUUUUGGCCGUGAAAUGAUUUGAUUUAAAGCGUGGCUGUUCUCUUCAGCUCUUUUUGGCUGCGUCAAUACCUAACGGACCUGGAGGUCCACUACUUCAUGCUAAAAAUGUCUCCAGUGAAGCCCCAUUAGAUUGCAGUUCCUGUGUAUGGGGUGAGCAGAAUCAAAACAUGGUUGCUGCAGAAAAGAGGAGUUCCCAUCUUCCUUUUUCCCUUAUCUCGGGGGACCCUUUUCAAGUUGGUUCAAUGCACUAAUCUGAAAGGCUAGUGAAGUAGUUCAUAGGAGGUCCUGACAAGGACCAGUGCCCUUGCAAAGGAAGAGCUCCUGACCAGCCGAACUGCUUGUGGAAAUACAGCAUGAUUCUGUCAAGUUUUAUUUAGAACACUUACUUGUCAUUGCAGGGAAUUUGUUAUUCAGUGUGAGCUAUCUUUUUGUUUUGUUUGAGGAAAUUUGUGUGCUGCAAUCAGCUUGGUGAAUUUUUGAUUUGGUGUCUGCUUGCUGCUGGCUGAUAAACCCAACUUCUGUGUUGAGAAACAUCCUAGAUGAAUUUCUCUCUCAUACAGUGUUUGCGGUGUGGAAUUAAGCUACAGAACUUUUUUUUUGCAUUUAUGGCUUGAGUUGUUUAUCCCAUCUUCUGACUGAUGAAACUGUUAAAAUUGCUCUUUCUAAUAGAUGCCAUCUCCUGGGUUUGUAGCCACAGAGGCCAUGUGGCUCAGGUGAAGGAAGACACCCACUGUGCCUUUUUUGUCUGGGUGACAGGUCCAAGGCCAUCCAUACCCAUGUCAGAAGCUGUGCAGAAGUGGAGAAGCUGAGAUGUUGGAGUUUGAACUGUAGUCACUCAUGCAAUUGUCAAGUUGCUAAUACAAUGGAUGUUCUAAUUCAAAGGAAUUGUACUCUUUGAAAUUAAUGUUUUAAGGAAGACGGAAGCUGAAAAAUGGAAAAAAAAGAGCCACAUCGCAUAUUUUGUAGCUGAAGAAAUUCUGACACUUUGCUUUUUCAGCCACCUUUUAAUACUGCUUUCUUAAAGGAGUGGUGUUUGAUGUUUAAAACGGAUAUGAUGGAGCUCCUGGAGGAAGAUCUCACCUGUCCCAUUUGCUGUAGCCUGUUUGACGAUCCUCGUGUCCUGCCCUGUUCACAUAACUUCUGCAGGAAGUGUCUGGAAGGAAUACUUGAGGGAAAUGUGCGGAAUGUGCUUUGGAGACCAUCCCCUUUCAAGUGCCCCACAUGCAGGAAGGAAACUCCUGUUACUGGAGUCAACAGCUUACAAGUCAAUUAUUCUCUGAAAGGUAUUGUGGAGAAGUAUAACAAAAUCAAAGUAACUCCUAAAAUGCCAGUGUGCAAAGUGCACAGUGGGCAACCCCUUAACAUUUUUUGCCGGACAGACAUGCAGCUGAUCUGUGGGGUCUGUGCCACCCGUGGUGACCAUACAAAGCAUGUGUUUUGUUCUAUCGAAGAGGCCUAUUCUCAGGAGAAGCGUGCAUUUGAAACCCUGUUCCAGGGCUUUGAAACUUGGCGUUGCGGAGAUGCACUCUCUCGGUUGGAUACCUUAGAAACUAGUAAGAGGAAAGCUCUGCAGAUGCUGACCAAAGAUUCUGACAAGGUGAAAGAGUUCUUUGAGAAGCUGCAACACACACUGGAGCAGAAGCGAAAUGAGAUUCUCUCUGACUUUGAGACCAUGAAGCUUGCAGUGAUGCAGGCCUAUGACCCAGAAAUCAAUAAGCUGAACACAAUCCUGCAAGAGCAACGAAUGGCUUUUAACAUCGCAGAGGCCUUCAAAGAUGUAUCUGAACCUAUUAUAUUUCUACAACAGAUGCAGGAAUUCAGGGAAAAAAUCAAGGUGCUCAAAGAGACUCCUUUACCUUGUUCCAACGUAGACAUCAGCCCUACAAUGAAGAACUUUGAUACCAGCCAGUGGAAUGGAAUAAAACUAGUUGAUGUGGACAAGCUUUCCUUGCCUCAGGAAAACAACACUCUUAAACUCAAAAUUACUUCAGUCUUUUCAUCCAGAUUCAUAGUGACUUCUCUUAUUUGCUUCCUUAUCCUUGCUGUCACCAGAAUGUCCUUUGUGGAGUCUGUUGUUGACAAUCUCCAGUGCUGGAAAUCUCAAUUCUUUACAAUUACCUUGUCCUAUUUGGCAGAUACAGUGGAAAUAGCAGAUCAUGCAGUCUUUUACUGGGAACAGAUGACAGAUGGAGCUUCACUUUUAAGAGAAAAGUGUAAAAACUAUACGUUAGUGGUACUGGAUAAUGUUGCACAGUUUGUGUGCAAAUAUAAAUUGUUGUGAAGUCCCUACUGAAAUGUAAGAAGUAACAGAGAUCUGGUGAAGAAAACAAAAAGCUCUGUAAAUUUUUUUUUAAGAUUUCCAAUGAAAACAUUUUAGAGAUUCAAAAUGUUUCCAAAAUAUUCCUACUGUUCACAUGCUUUGAACAUUGAUAAAUUGGAAGGUGAAAUUGAGCUUUGAAAAACAUAUUGUUUCUGAAUUUUUAUUUCAGUGGUGAUUAUGGAAACCUUAUUCAUUGUAAAUCGUCCUACUUACCAAAAUACAGGGCAAAACUGUGUACUUAGUUCAGUGUUAAUAUAAUUGUAAAAUAAGAUACCGUAUACCCUUCGAUAAAAGGUGUUGCUUCCUAAAAA